AUGUCGAACCAGACUCCGGAUUCCUGGGAGGAUGAGCUCUCUCGGCAGACCGAGGGCGUGAACUUGAACGCUCACGGCCGCCCUCAAGCUCAGGCGCCUAACUUCACUCCCGGUGCUGCCACUUUCCAGCCCGGCGCUGCCUCGUUCACCCCCGGUGCUUCUGCCUUCGUCCCUGGCCAGCAGUAUCCUCAGUAUGGUGGUGGUGGUGGCUAUCAGUAUAACCAGUACGGACAGCAAGCAUAUGGAUAUCCCCAGCAGCAGAGCUAUGGCCAGUACGGUGCAUACAAUCAGCAACCCGGUGGUUACAACCAAUACUACAACCAGCAACCCGGCGGUUUCCAGCAGCCCCAGCAACAACAGAAAGCCCGCCAGAAUGCCCCCGCCGCCGCUCCUCAGUCCACUCAGUCCGCUCAGUCCGCCCAAGCUUCUGCCCCCAAGGCCAAGGUGCUGUCCAUUGGCGCAACUUCUUCCAGCGCGGCCCCAAAGACCAAGGUUCUCUCCAUUGGCACCCCUACUCCGGCUCAACCAGCGGCUUCCACUUCUGCUGCUACCGCUUCAGCGCCUAGCGCCACGAGCAAGGGCGAUACCAAGGGCACCGUCGCUGCCGAGGCUGGUGCCAAGCUGACCGCAGCGAAGGCCAUCGACAAGACCGAAAAGAAGGCUGACGCCAAGGCCGCCGCCAGCGGCGCUAGUGGUGCCAGCGGCCGUUCUUCGCCUACUCCCUCGUCUGGCCGUUCAAGCCCUAGCCGUGGCGAGACAGCCAAGGCUGCUCGUGCUGCUGAUGCUGUCGCUAAGGCCCAGCUGGCUGAUGUCGACGAGGCGACACUCAAGGAGAUUUACGGCGAGCGUCGUGAGCAUAUUAAUGUCGUUUUCAUUGGCCACGUCGAUGCCGGAAAGUCUACACUGGGUGGUUCUUUGCUCUAUUGCACUGGUAUGGUCGACGACCGUACCAUGGAGAAGUACAAGAAAGAAGCCAAGGAGGCCGGCCGAGAGACGUGGUAUCUUUCAUGGGCCCUGGAUUUGACCAACGAAGAGCGUGCCAAGGGUAAGACUGUCGAAGUCGGCCGUGCUUUCUUCAAAGUCACAGUUCCUCACCCCGAGGGACCUAUCGAGCGUCACUUCUCCAUUCUUGACGCCCCCGGCCACAAGUCUUAUGUGCCCCACAUGAUCGGUGGUGCGUCGCAGGCUGACUUGGGUUGUCUCGUGAUCUCUGCUCGUAAGGGUGAGUACGAGACUGGAUUCGAGAAGGGUGGACAGACUCGUGAGCACGCGCUUCUUGCCCGUAACACGGGUGUCCAGAAGUUGGUCAUUGUGGUCAACAAGAUGGACGAUCCCACUGUCGAAUGGAGCAAGGCACGUUUCGACGAGUGUACUGUCAAGGUUAUGAAGUUCCUCGAAGCUCUUGGGUACAAGAAGGAGGAUAUCUUCUGCAUGCCUAUUUCCGCCCAGACAACCUUGAACAUCAAGGACAGAUUGCCCGAGGGUGUUGCACCCUGGUACAAUGGUCCAUCAUUGCUUGAGUAUCUCACCGACUUCAAGCUUCCCGAGCGUAAGAUCAACGCUCCCUUCAUGAUGCCCAUCAGUGCCAAGUACCGGGAUAUGGGUACCAUGGCCGAAGGCCGUGUCGAAUCUGGUGUCAUCAAGAAGAACGGCAAUUACCUCAUGAUGCCCAACCGUACCGAAGUCCAGAUCUCCGCUCUUUACGGCGAGACCGAAGACGAGAUCACGACUGCUUCUUGUGGUGACCAGGUCCGCAUGCGUCUGCGUGGUGUCGAGGAGGAGGACUUCUUCCCUGGAUUCGUGCUCUGCUCCCCCAAGCGUCCCGUCCACUGCGUCUCGGCUUUCGAAGCUAAGAUUCGCAUUCUGGACCUCAAGAACAUUCUCACUGCUGGAUUCAAUUGUGUCCUUCACGUGCACUCUGCCAUUGAGGAAGUCACAUUCGCUGCUCUCCUUCACAAGCUCGAGCCUGGCACAGGUCGCAAGAGCAAGCGGCCCCCGCCCUUCGCCAACAAGGGCCAGACCAUUAUCGCUCGCCUGGAGGUGACCUCCACGGCAGGUGCUGUGUGUGUCGAGAGAUUCGAGGAUUAUGCACAACUCGGACGAUUCACUCUCCGUGACCAGGGUCAAACCAUUGCUAUUGGUAUGAUCACCAAGCUGAUCUUGCCUGAGAACGAGGCGUAA